CAUAUAUAACCCUAAUCACCUUCGCUGCAAAACCCCUCUUUUGCUUCCGCUUCAUCUAUAUUCAUAGAAGAGCGAAAAUGGCGCAGAGACUCACUUACCGUAAAAGGCAUAGCUAUGCUACUAAGUCCAACCAACAUCGCAUCGUCAAAACUCCUGGUGGAAAGCUUGUGUACCAGAGUACCAAGAAGCGGGCUAGCGGUCCUAAAUGCCCUGUUACUGGGAAGAGAAUUCAAGGGAUUCCUCACUUGAGACCCACUGAAUACAAGAGGUCUAGAUUACCCAGGAAUAGAAGAACCGUUAAUCGUCCUUAUGGUGGUGUUUUGUCUGGUAGUGCCGUAAGAGAACGGAUCAUUAGAGCUUUCCUUGUUGAAGAGCAAAAGAUAGUGAAGAAGGUCUUGAAGAUCCAAAAAGCCAAGGAAAAGCAGGCUGGAAAAAGUUGAACGUAGAGCCAUCGCAAUAUUUUGAUGGUAAAUUUUGGAGCUUCAUUGUAGCAAAUUAUGGGAAUUGGAAAUGUUUGACCAAGUCCUGAAAAUUGGUUUGUAUUUUACGAUUGAUUACUCAGGCUAAUUCUAGUUGAACUUUGUCGACAAUUCUACUUUUCUAUGUUUGUUCCCCUUUCUAUGCAAGAUUAUAUGUCAAAAGACAUCUAAGAUUAUCGCUGUGCUAUACCAUUGAAUUAGAUCUUGUCUUUGCUGUGGUU